AUGUCGCUGACCUGGAAGGACACCAUCUGCUGCUGGCAGAAGCUCAUGGUGGGCAGAGCGUGUUGUUUUUACAACACCAUUUGCUGCCCCUUUGUCCUUUGCUGCUGGGCGGGCAGCAUCUACUGCUGCGGAUGUGCGCGGGUUUACAUGAACCGCGGCCUCUACAAGUUCUGCUGUUGUCUGUGCAGAGCCUUCAACUGCUGUUGGUUGUAUACCGACAAGGACUUCCCACCGGAGGAGCUCUCGCUGGGGGAUGUGAAGGGAGACUCUGCUGGGGAUGAAGCCAAGCAGUUCGCCGGCAAGGUGACCUGGGUGAGGGGCGGCAAGUUUCCAGUGCCCAAGGACGAGAAGGGCAACAAGAGGCACAUGCAGCUCUUUAGUCGGGAGAUUGAUAGCCGGGACAUCUGCCAAGGAGCCCUGGGCGACUGCUGGCUGCUGGCGGCCAUCGCCUGCAUGGCAGAGCACGACGGGGCCAUCCAGGCGGUCUUCAGGACCAAAGAGGUGAACCCUCGCGGGAAGUACGUGCUGAGGCUCUACGAUGGGGCCAAGGAGGGGGAGCCACGAGUGGUGGUGCCAGGAUCUGGAGGCUCCUAUACGGCACGGGCCUGCGCGGUGUGGGGCGUGCAGCCCCUUCUGCUGCAGAAGUCUCUGGCGCAGUGGGGCGAGAUGAGCGCCGAGGCCGCGCGCGGCCGGGCAGCGCGCGUGCCGAACGGCAUGCCGAACAGCAGCUUGCCGUACGCCAUGCUUGCCAGGUCUGAGCCACCUGCAGCCUUGUCUGCGCCAAGCGCGGAAGAGGCAGAUUGGUCGGUUGAAGAGGCAGAGAGGGCGACAUCGCCGUGGCGCUGGCUCUGGUGGCCAGCGAUUCUCUACCUCUUUUGGAGCAUGGCUCAUGUCUGCGAUUUGCACUUCGUGCGCACCAUCGAGGUGAUCUGCGAGCGCUUCGGGAUCCCCGACGACGUGGCGGGCGCCACGCUGAUGGCGCUGGGCUGCAACGGUCCAGAGCUGGCGCUGAAUAUGAUCAACAUUUGGAAGCCUUCCAGCAUUGGUGUGGGCGCAGUAGUCGGCGGCGAGGUCUUCAACGUCUUGGUGAUCAUCGGCACGGCGGUGCUCGCCACGCCCAAGGACUACAUGCCCUUGAAGUUGAGCAAGACCUCCUUCUUUCGCGACAUCUUCUUCUACGUGGCCUCGGUGCUGCUCCUGUUCUUGGCCCUGCGAGACGGCGCCGUGGACCGCCAGGACGCCCUGAUCCUGCUUCUGGGCGGCGUGUGCUACAUCUUGGCCGUGAUCUACUUGCGCUCAAUUCUGAUGUGGCUCUGGUCUCCUGCAGAUGGCGGAACGGUGGAGCAGCCCUUUUUGCUGCGGCAGUGCACGAAGAUGAACCUCGAUGACUGGACGCGUGCCAUGGAAGGCUCGCACCCGCGGCGGGGCACCGUGCUGCGGGUGCGCGCGGACAUGCGCAGCCGGCUGGCGGACCACAACCACCAGUUCGAGGACCGCUUCGCAUUUCUCCAAGAUGAGUCCUUGGUCAUCUCCGCCGUGGCGGACCCCAACGUGGCGGGCGAGAGCCAGUGCGACGUGGACAUGGUCUACGAUCGACGGGACGAGCGAGCCGUGCACGAGAACCACUGGCAUCGCGCGGGGUUGGUGCGUCGGCCCAUGAGCUUGGAGGAGGCGCAGCGGCGGCAGCUGUUGCCCCAGCGGCUGCCGCGCCUGGCGGAGCUGGGGCUCUUUAAGGAUGGUCCCUGGGAGGUGAUCAGCAUGCAGGAGAUCCUCUUCUGUGAACCCAGCAAGCAGGGCAUCUUCCUGCACGUCCAGGACAAGUUUGGGAACGACGUCACGCUGGAGGUCACCCCCGGACACGAGCGUUUGGGCGACAGUCCGAUGUCCAAGAUGUCCAAGACCAUCUCCAACGCCUCGUGCGACCUGGUCCAAAGUUGGAACCAGGAGCUGCGGGAGUGCCUCAAGGCCUCGCGGAGGAAGACGGCCGACCGACCGAGGGCGAAAUACUACACCUUUCUGAUGGAGUGGAUCGCCUGGUUCCAGUUUCCGGUGAAGUCAUUGGCUGGCGCCACCAUCCCGGACAUGGACUGUCCCGACACGCAGAGCUUCUAUCCCUUGGCAUUUGUGAUGAGCAUGGUCUGGCUGGGGAUUCUCUCCUCACUGGUCGUGAGCGCCUGCGACGGGAUCCACGCCGAUUUCGGGAUCCCCAACAACGUCCUGGGCUUCACCGUGGCCGCCGCCGGGACCUCCUUCCCGAACGUCUUCAGCGGCAUCUGCGUCGCGCGCCAGGGCAAGGCUGGCAUGGCGGUGGCGAAUGCCUUGGGAGCCAACGUUCAGAACGUCUUCCUGGCUCUGGCCAUUCCCUGGACCAUCCAGGCGGUCUUCCUCUCCUCCACGGGAGAGUUCCCGAUGAAAGUGAACGGCUUCGAUCCGGCGAUCAUUGAGAUCUUCAUCACCUUGCUUCCUCUCGUCUUGAUCUAUACCUGCUGCCGCUUCUCCCUGCCGAAAUGGUCUGGUGCCAUUUUCCUGUCGACCUAUGUGAUCUAUUUGGUCUGUGCCCUGAAGCAGCAAAGCUCCGGCUGCGAGCUGUGGCCGGUCUCAUGCCAUGUGGAUCUGGCCGAACCGAUCUGGUCCACCUGGCUGGCCGCGCCAUCUCGCGCGGCCAAGCGCUGCGAUCGCCUCUUUCGGCGUCUCGUGAACCAUGUCGAGCCCGAGGAGGUCUCGGUGAAGCUUCCGGAGCUGGUGCGAGCGGUGGCGUGGGGUGCCCUCCCCGGAGAGAAGUGGGAGAUCAUCACCAUUGAUGACUUCAUCCCCUGCAACAAGGCGAGCUUCGACCAUGACGGCACGCCGAAGCCCUUCUUUAGCAAGCCGAAGCACAAUGAGCUCUAUGUGAUGCUCCUGGAGAAGGCCUUUGCCAAGUUCUGCGGUGGCUACUCGGCCCUCGAGGGGGGCCAGACGAUCUGGGCGAUCCGGGCGAUGACCGGAGAUCCGGCGCGACAGUUCUCGCGGAACGACUCCAAGAGCCAGUGGCAGCGGCAGGAUCUCAAGAACUUCGACGAUCCAAAGGACAAGCGCAAGUGUGGCUUGUACUCCACCAAAGAAACCGUGGACAAUGACACCAUGUUUGAGAUCCUCCGGAAAUACCACUCGCUAGGGAGUAUCCUCUCAGCCUCCGGGGCGAGUGGAAAAGAUGGGCUCGUCACCGGACAUGCCUACAGCAUUCUGCAGGUACGCAAGGUCAACGACGGGUUCCUGGGCCUCGGCGGGAAGGACUACAAGAUGAUUCAGAUCCGCAACCCUUGGGGCAGAGGAGAGUGGAAAGGGGAUUGGAGCGACAAGAGCGACCUGUGGAACAAACACAGUGCCGUGAAGAAAGCCUUGGAGUACGAGGACAAGGAUGACGGGGCCUUCUGGAUGUGCUGGGCGGACUUCAUCGAGAACUGGGCGAGGAUUGGCGUGGUGGACCGCACUGUGGACAUCAACACGAUGCGGCUGCACGUCAAGGAUGACUCGGCGUGCGCGCCCACCGCCGCCUGUGCGAGGGGCUGUUGUUACUUUUGGUGCCUCUGCCAGGGCUGCAAGAAGGUCUAUUGCCCACACCGGAGCUCGGAUGAGACUAUCAAGGUGAAGAAGAGCUCCUGCCAGAUUCUCUGA